CGGUGAGAUACAUGUGCUUAUGUCUUACAGAGCCAUCUGAGGAUCUGAUAGGUACCGUCGGUGACCACAGGAGCAGCCACAUGAUGCUCUGCAGGGGGAAGAACUUUUUUUAAGUUUUAAGAUAAGGUACAAAGUGUUUUUUUUUUCCUGCUUUGACAAUGUUGCUUCUUUCAAGUGCAAAUAACUUUUCUGCUCUGGACUGGAAAUACUGGCGCUAAGAGAAGUUGUUUCACUCGCCUUGAACUGCGGCAGAAGGACAUCACGAUGAAUAAUCAAUCGAUGACAGGGAGGACGAUGGUCCCGACCAUCCCGUCCAUUAUGUUUAUUUUCGGGGUGGUUGGGAACGUUAUCGCCAUUGUGGUUCUUUGUAAAACGCGUAAAGAACAGAAAGAAACCACGUUUUACACGCUUGUGUGUGGACUGGCGGUAACGGACCUUCUGGGCACACUGCUGGCCAGUCCGGUCACUAUCGCCACUUACGUGAAAGGCUCAUGGCCCGGAGAGGACCCGCUGUGCCAGUACUUUGGAUUCACCCUGCUCUUCUUCUCUCUGGCGGGGCUCAGUAUCAUCUGUGCCAUGUCGGUGGAGAGAUUCAUCGCCAUAAAUCAUGCCUACUUCUAUAACGACUAUGUGGACCAAAAACUGGCGGGGCUGACUCUCCUGGCGAUCUACAUCUCCAACGCGCUUUUUUGCGCCCUGCCGAUUGUCGGUUUUGGGCAGGUGAAAAAACAGUACCCACAAACUUGGUGUUUUUUAGAGUGGAGGAGCAACAAGACCAGCGAUGCCGCCUACUCCUACAUGUAUGCGGGGUUCAGCUCUCUUCUUAUUCUCACCACUGUUAUCUGUAACGUGCUGGUGUGCGGGGCUCUAAUCCGCAUGCACCGGCGCUUCGUGCGCAGAAUGUCGCUGGGAACUGAUCUGGGGCGCAACGUGAACGUGGACCCGCCGAGGAGAGGACGCAGUUUUGGACGUCUGGCAGGAGCAGAGAUCCAGAUGGUCAUUCUUCUUAUAGGCACGUCGGCAGUGGUGCUUAUCUGCUCCAUCCCACUUGUCGCUCAGGUGUUUUUGAACCAGCUGUAUAAGACUCCAGUGGAACUGCGUUUGGACAAAAACCCAGAUCUAAGAGCGAUACGCUUUGCGUCCUUCAACCCCAUUCUUGACCCCUGGAUCUACAUCCUACUCCGUAAGGCUGUUCUUCUAAAGCUCAUCGAGAAAAUCAAGUGCUUAUUUUGCAAGAUGGGGGCACGGAGGCAACAGAGACAAGGGAACUUUCACUGUAUGGACGCUCAGCAACUAUCCUCGGUCAUCUCUAACCGGGACUCACACUCCCUUGUUUCCCACGACCUACGAGACUUCACCAGCAGCUCCCAGACCUUCCUCUACCUGCCAGAGGGGAGUGAAGGGUACAAAGGAAGCUGCCAUAAAGCAGACAGACUCUCUGGUUCACAACCUGCAUCGGUCAAAGACUCAAAAGCUUCUUAUUCGUCUGAGCAGGGAAGCGUUGAGGCUCAGAGUGGUGAAGGGACAAAUAUAGUUAGGGACCUCUCUGCUCUGCCAUGCCCGAAAGACCCAGCACUUCAGGUGUCGCUGAGCACUCAAACAGUGGAGGAAAAAUGCAUCUAACUCUAAGGCACAUAAAAAUAAUAAAUGACUCUCCUUGUGAGGUCAGACACAUGAAGCGAGAAAGAGAGACAGAUGAUCUUGAAGCACUGUGAGCUUUAUCGUCCUGUUGUUCUCUGGUUCAGCACUAAGCUACCUCAAGUGAUGACUAUCUCUGACUGUGUGUGCAGAUUCUGUCAUUUUGCCCAAAACACAUGUUGGUCUAACAGAGAUCACUCACUUCUUAAUGACUCAAGUGUCAGUGAUGGAAAAGUGAUUCUUCCUAAUUUCAUCUACUUUGCUCAAUCAUUGUGGAAACCUUUACUGUAAAAUAGAUCAGGCUCAGUUGUUAAGAAUAACUGAGUCACACACUUGUGGCCAAUACAGUAAAUGAAAUAGUAUUGGUUGUGACCCCAAUGAGUAAUCAGUGGCAUGUGCGAUUGAUUUGUGUAACAAACUCUAUUGUACAGUGCUUAUUGAAGGACAUGUUGUGUUAGUUCCAUGACUAAUGUACAGUGCAGUAUUAUUAUGUGGUGAACACAAACGCUUUUGUUCCUUAUUCCUGGAAUACACACAAAUAUGUCAAAUGACUGAAAAAAAAUGGUUUUCCAUCCUACAAUGAGGGUACAAAAAUUCCUGUGCCAUAGUUAUUAAAUGUCCCAUGUGCAACAUUUAGGGGGAUUAAGUUGCAUCUAUAGCGAUGAGGGUUACAGAUUGCAACCAGCUGAAACGUCUCCUGCUUAAGGCUCAUAUAUACUCCCUUUAUCUACAAAAAAAAAGAUCCAUCUGUUUCAUAUGUUGUAAAAGUCACUGUCCAUAGGCAUAGACACAGCCAAUAAGUGGCACUAGAGGGCAGAGUCACUAGUUUCACACAACAACAAACAUGGCGAUGGUGCAGGUGGUCAUGAUAUUGUACCUUUAAGCAGAGUCUGUGCUCGAUACCAUGGAGGUAUAUACGGCAUUAUAUACAUCCCAACAUGUGGACGGAGAAAUAUUUUCUCCAAUUUCACCAUACAUUACUAUAUGGUAUUAUAUAUUACUGAUUUGUGCCUUUCUGCCAUUGUUUAAAUUUCGUUGACUUCUCUUACGCUACACUGUCUCCACAAUCUCUGGUGGUUCUACUCAAUUUUGUCUGUAAGCUUUUAGAAAACAUGCACAAAUAUGGACAAAAUGAAUGCAGAGUACAGACAGAAGGCUCUAUCGGUCUCUGUUAGUAAAGUUUAGUAUAAAUAAACCCAGGGGAUUCCUACAGUGUUCAUUAUUCUGAAAGUUUUUACCCAGAGGUCUCUUUUUCUAAACCAAACGAACUCGGUGAUUAAAAUCAGGAAAGACUGAAUAACAGUUUCACACACCAAAUCAGUCUUUCUCUGACACUGUGUUGCAGACAGUGCACUUGCCCAGCACCUGCUAAUGUGUGCUCGCCUUUUUUUAUUGACAACUUGAGACCCAGACGUUCAGGAGGUUCAGAAUAAAGCAGUUUCACAUUAAAAAAAUAGCGUUUCAUGACAACUCCUCAUUUUGAAGGGGCUGCUAACAAUGGUGGCUAUUGUGAAAAUACAAAUUGCCAUAUCCAGAACUGGUAUUUGGCAUUUUCGCAGGAAAUUUAACCACAGAUUUUUUUUGUAGCUUCAGAAAAUUUGGUGUGAAGAUAGACAAACGUUGUUUAACGUAGAGUAUUAAGAUGAAUAUAUUUUAACACACUGUGCAUGUGAAAAAAAUGGCGUUGUAGAUGAUGUAUGUUGUGUAAAGUAUUGUUUGAAAUGAAAUUAUUCUUCUCUAGGAGAAGGUUUUAGUUGAUAAAUCACAACACUAAAGGGAUUAUCCCCCCUUAAGAUCAUACUCAUGCUCAUCUUAUUGUACAAAACUAACAGAGAAAAUCAGGACUUCAUAAAAUGGUUUUUAACUGUUAAAGCUGCAGCUAAUGUUUUUUUUUUUCAAUAUCAUUUAUUUUGCUGUUAAUCCAUUAAUUGUUUAGUCAAACUGUCAGAAAAUUGUCAGUUUUUGUGAUUCUGUGACGCGUUUUUUCCAAUGGCAGAUUUCCACUUUAAUAUCUUAAUUUAGUUAAUUGGCACCUUCAGCUGCUGUCUCAUCUUUACAGAAAAUAGACUGAACUUUUAAACUCCCGUUUGUUUGAGCUUUUCCACUCAAAUGAGUUUUAUGUCUUAGCUACAGCAGCUUUGAAGCACACAGACUGCCUCCGUUUCCCUGUUAUUAAAUCAGCUCCAGAUUGUUGCUUCAUGUUGGAUUUUAUUCUUGCCUUGCUUGUUUCUCCUGUUGCUGUUAAUUUUAGACAAGCUUGUUAGUGUGGAUAAAAUCACACCCCUUGAGACUGCAGUUAUAUUUGUUUAAAGGUAGAGUUUGGCAGAAAAAGUGGCCUAUUAAACAAGGUCUUCUAAUUUAUUGUUUAAUUCUUUAUUUUUUAAUUAUGCACUUUAUUUUGUUAUAAUGUGUUCUUCAUUCUUUUUAUACUGUAAUGUAUAAUUAAAUAUGUGAACAUA